AGCAUGGUAGGGUUUUGGGUUUUUUUUCUUCUUUAUUUAACAAGUUGAAAAUCUGCUGAAUAAUUCAUGAAGAGUGGAAGGGCUGAAUCUUCCUGGAAUGAUAUACAGUGUUCGUGGUGUGGCACAGAAACUGCAAAGCUUUGUAUCAGUUGCUGCCGUUUCUGCUGCUGAUUGCAAGGUGCUGCUGCUUUUGGCAUUUUCACAGCUACAAAAUCCUCAAUCCUGCUGCUGUCUGCUAACAGCUCUCUGCGUCCUAUGCACCCACUUACACAAGCUACAGUCUGUGGGAUCUCUUGCUAGCUACCUGCGCUGGGCACUGCUGUUGGCUGGAUCUUUGCUGCUAACUGCAUUUUCUGGACCUAGCAGCUCGUUUGCCUGAAGCCUGCCUUUAGAGGCUGUUGAUUGCACCUUCUCCCUUGUGUUUGGUGGGGCACUUCUGCAGCAGGAUCUUCUGACCCAGGUGAGGAUGGGAUUUAUGGGGAGAAGUCAAAACUGAGCCGCAUUCAGCGAGAUGCCCAACGCCUCUUCCUGGAGCGCUAGCUCGCCACUGCUGCUGCUCUGGGAGGACUCCUCCGGGACCCGCAUCUUCCUGUCGCUGCUCUAUGCGGCAUUAGCUAUCUCAGGGACCUUAUCCAAUGUGAUGGUCAUCUACUUGGUCUUCUCCUUCAAGAAGCUGCAGACGACCAGCAACGCCUUCAUCGUGAACGGCUGCGCCGCCGACCUGAGCAUCUGCGCCCUGUGGAUGCCCCAGGAGGCCGUGCUGGGGCUGCUGCCUCCCAACUCCUCUUCCCUUCGCUCGGUGGAGUACCGGCUGCUCCGAGGGGGGCUCCUCGGCCUUGGCCUCACCGUCUCCCUAGCCUCUCACCUGCUGGUGGCCUUCAACAGGUACGUGCUCAUCACCAAGCUGCCCAGCGUCUACCAGGCCCUCUACCAGCGGAGGCACACGGGCUGCAUGAUCGGGCUCUCCUGGGUGCUCGCGCUGCUCCUGCUCCCGCUGCUGCCCGGCCUCUGGUAUCUCUUUAAAAUGGGCUCCCUGAAACACAAGGUUCACUUGUGA